UAAUUUGUUUAUAAUUUGUGAUAUUAUAAAAUUGUUUCGCUUAGUGUCAAUUGUAAAAUGCGAUAAAAUUUGAAAAUUAGCUUAUAAAUAAAUUACUUUAUAAACAAAUUGAUAUCAGCAAGAUAUUGAAUAGGUUUUCAUGGCGAAAGACAAGUGGAGCAAACUGGAAACAGAGGAACUAAUUUCAAUUUACCGAAAUUAUCCACUUUUGUACAAUAUAAAACAUGAAGACUAUAUAAAACCUUCUAAAAAAGAGGCUGCGCUGAACGAAAUAGUCAGUCAAAUAAAAUGGAUUAAACCUGACGCGACAUGCGAAGUGAUUAAAAAAAAAAUUAAAACAUUAAAAGAUCAAUAUGGUGUAGAGCAGCGAAACAUUUUAAAAAAAAGUGGUAUGAGUACAGCAGCUUUAUAUACACCCAAAUUAUGGUGUUUUAAACAGCUAAGCUUUCUGUCUCAUUCAAGUGAUGAAUCCGUGUGUAGAAGUAAUAUAAACGUGAACAUCGGUAAUGAGAACAUAGAAAUAAUCCAACCGUCCAUUUCAGCAGGCCAGUUGUCCAAUUUAGCUGAAAUACAAAAGCCAAAGAAGAAGAAAAAUAAAUUGGACACAUUUUUGAACCAAGCCGCGCAAUCAUGUCAGCUUGUGCAUGACUUAAAAACAAGUGUGGAGAAAACAGCGGCCUCAAAGUCAGCAUCUUUCUGUAAAUAUAUGCAGACUGAAUUAGAUAAACUGGAUGAAACAUUUGAUGAAGCGCAGGAUGAUAUCAUAGCUAUCCUUCAACGGUAUAAGCUUAAAUAUACCAGUAGCAGACUCAACGAUAUGAUGAAAAAGCAAACAGUCUGUGCGACGUGUAAUAAAGAAUUCGAUUCAGUUAAUGCUUUAAGUUCUCACAUACUUGAAAUGCAUAAGGAUCAUUCGGAAACUUAUCACAAUGCUAACACUGCUCCAAAAUUAGAAUUAAAUACUUCCGAUUUAUCACCAACAAAUAUUUACAGUAUUGAUGACUCCAGAGAAAAUUCAAUUAAAAAUAUUACUUCAGAUGACGACAAUAGUUUACUGUCAGUAAAAUAUGAAGAUCAUUCGCCGUUGGAAACAGAUGUAAUUGAAAAUAGAUAUAUAGCAGAUGAAGGACAUAAUGAGAAGCACACUAUAUUAAAAAAUAAAAAAAUAAAGGUGGAAACAGAAGCUACUAAUGAUCUGACAUCCAUCGAAGAUGGUGUUAGCACACAACAAUUUAUAAAAAAGGAAAUAAUGGAUACAAAUACUGAACAACUAUUAUUAGAAAAUGAAAUGUACACUGUUACGACAUUAGAAAAUGAGUGUACAAAGAUGGAAACAAAGACUACACCAGAGAAUCUAUUUGAAAAGGUUGGAGGCGAUAAAGAUUUGUUCGAAAAUGUUGUUGCUGCGCAAGAAUUUAUAAAAGAUGAAGGACCUGAAACAAGCACAGAGCACUUCUUAUUAGAAAACGAAAUGUACACUGUUAUAACGAUAGAAAAUGAGACUAUUAAAAUGCAACCAGACACUACUCGUUCUGAAAGUCCAUGUAGUACGAUUAUUGAUGAUCGAAAUUCGUUUGAAGAUGGAAUACCAAAAACAAAAAUAAAUUCCAAACAAUUUUUAACAAAAAACAAAGAGAACACUGUUAUUAAAAAGAAUAAUGGAAGUAUAGGCAGAAAAGCACAAGCUACUGCUCCUAAAACUGAUGAAAACGUUUUUACAUGCACUAAAUGUGAUCAAAGUUUUACAAUCAAGGAAUCUCUUGAUCAUCAUAUGAGACAACAUACUGGAGAAAAAAGUUUCACUUGUACAGACUGUAACCAAUGUUUCACUCGUAAGCAAGGACUCGACAUUCAUAUAAGGCGACAUAAUGGGGUUAAGCCCUACAAUUGCAGUGAAUGUGAUAAAAGUUUUGCUAUUAAGAGAGAACUCAAUCAGCAUAUGAGGCGUCAUACUGGUGAGAAACCCUACAUAUGCACUGAAUGUGAUAAAUGUUUUGCUGUUAAGCAUGCACUUAUUCGUCAUAUGAAGAAACAUACUGGUGAAAAACCACACAUAUGUUCUGAAUGUAAUAAAACCUUUACUCGUAAACAAGAACUCGAUAUUCACAUGAGGCGACAUACUGGUGAAAAACCCUUUUCAUGCACGGAAUGUAAUAAAAAUUUUGCGGUUAAGCAAGCACUUACUCGUCAUAUGAAGCGACAUACUGGUGAAAAACCCUACACGUGCACUGAAUGUAAUCGAUGUUUUUCUAUUAAGGAAUCACUCAAAAGUCAUAUGAGGCUGCAUACUGGUGAAAAACCUUACUCAUGCACAGAUUGUAAUAAAACUUUUACUGCUAAGCAGGCACUCCAUUAUCAUACAAUGCGCAAUACUUGUGAAAAAUCAUAUACAUGCUCUGAAACGGAAUAAAUAUAUUAUUACCAAGGAGUCACCCAAUCACAUAUGCAAUGCCUUAUUGUUAAAAACCUCUUAUGCAAUAAAAUUUCAGUGUACAUAACGUACCUCAAACGGUGAUGCAAACUGAAAUCAGAAUGAGAGGUGAUAAAUGAGCUUAGCUAACAUUCGACAAUGCGUUUGCUAGUAAAGGAAAUUAAUAUUAUAUUAUGAUUCCAAGAACGGUCGGAUCUACGCCCUGGAAUUACUCGUCGAGUUCAACGACCAUGUGCCACACCUAAAAGGUAUUACAUAAGCAAAUUAGUGCGGGUUACAACAAUAUUAUUAUAAUAUAAUAAUAAUAAUGUUUAGUUGUGUGUAAUCAGUAUUUUGUUCACAAGCAAAUGGUCAGUGCUCAUCUGUGGUGACAUAUAUGAAAAACCUCUACUAAAUGUAAUAACUGUGCUGUGCUGUUCAGCCGACAUUUAAUCUCUAUCUGAAGAGAUAAAAAACUACCGAUUCCAAGAACGGCUGGGGUACAUACUCAAGUCACUCGGAGCCACUCGUCAAUCUCGAAAACCAAGUGCCGUUUAACACCCAGAAAGGAAUGCAAGCGGGUUUCCACAACAACAAAAAGGUACUUGUUUGCAACGAUUGCGGAAGAUAUGCGUCCUUUUGAUGAUGAUCACUAUGAGAAAAGAUUUGAAACCUUAAAGUUAUAAAUAUGUUAGCAAUUGUACCUAUUUUAAUUAUUUGAUA